AUCUGUAAAGAUGGUCUACUUAAGUACUGGACUGAUGACUUUCAGCCAUUGUGCACAAUGAACUUGCCUGAAAAUCCACUUUCCAUUUGUCAGAAAGAGAAAACGCAAGUUCUUGACAUGGUGUACCUCAAAGGCCUGCGACAGAUGGCUGUCAGCACAUCUGACAAAGAAGUCAUAUUCUAUAAUUGUGACAGCUCAAAGUAUUUAGAUGUGGAAUUCAUAUUAACUGGGCUACAAGCUGAUAUUACAACCAUGAACUUUUGGUCAGACAAGGAAAAGAAAAUAUUUUCUUUUGGUGAUUCACAAGGAUUUCUUUCCAUAUUUGUUUCCUAUACCAGCGUUAGUGAUGUCAUUGACCCCAGAUUGCUUGACAGUUUAAUGACAGGUGGCAAAAGAUGCAUCCUGUAUGUAUUUGCUUCUGAAAAUGACUGGCACCAAAAAGAACUAAUAAAAGGACAUAAAACGAGUAUCACCCACAUAAUGUUCAAUAUCAUCGACAAAGUAUUCAUCAGCAUAUCUGCAGACAAAAAUGUACGCGUCUGGGCUGAUGCUACCUUUAACCCUAUACAGAAUUGUUAUCCUCACUGCUUGCAGCAGACCCCUAUCUCCGCUGUAUGCUACAACAUAUGCAACAACAAGCUGUUCCUCGCUAACACAGAAAUAGCUAAAUGUCUUGGGCAAGGAACAGAUGGUUUCAAAGAAUCAAUGAGAUCCUUCAACAUGCCUGUGUGUAGUGCACUCUACAAUGACGUUUUUAAGCAGCUUGUCGCCGUUUCUGUGAGUGGUAUGGUGACCGUUUGGGAUAUCUUUACUGGAGUUCAUAUGGACUUCAAUGUCAAUCCAACAGAGAUUGUAGGUCACACUGCCAUUACAUUUGAUGAAACACAAUGCAAAUUAAUCACCAUUUCACAAGAUAGGAAAGUUAGAAUUUGGAAUUUCCUCAAUGGGAUUGAGCUUGAUGUCCUCCCUGUUCAAAUACCAGAUGAUGUGAAAGACAUCAUCUGCAGAGAAGAUCGAUUGUUUGUUUCAGUCAAGAAUUCUAACAACAUCCUUGACCUGGACUUAAAGGGGAAAGACAACAGAGUUUUGAAUCAUCACUUAUUAAGUGAUAUUUGUUCCAUGAAACUCAAUGGAGAAACACUUAUUGCUGCAUCCAGUAAUGGAUAUUGUGUUAUCUGGAAUGCAGACACCUCUGAAGUUUUGCAUUGUGCCACUACCAAAGAGAAGCCUCAAAUACACAUUAAAAGACUGGAGAAGCAAGAGGAGGGUGCGCAGCUUCUUGAAAAAAAUUCUAUGGGAACAACUAUAAACCAAAAGAAUGAACAGAAUGGAGGCCCCAUUGUUGUACCCCUGGAGACCAGGAAGUCUGAUAGGAAAAUAGCCCGAAUUCUGAUUUCAGAUCAUGGCUUCAUCUUUUCCUGGGCAUUUAAAAAAGAAAACGCAGAGCUAAUAGGGAAGUUUAGAGCAGUGGAAACUGAUGACGCAAUUAUUACCUCCAUGUCAACUGACAAAAUGAACCAGACAUUGCUGACCGGUGACAGCACAGGAAGAGUUUGUUUGUGGGAUAUAGAAAACGCUGGGAGCGCGGAGUCGCCGCAGCGGCCAGAAGAGGCGGGCGGCUCCGCUCUCUGA